AUGGGUCAGAAAGAUGAGAUACAAAAGAAAAACGACGCUCUCCCCGCUGUCGUUUUGAAACUCGAUUUACAUUGUGAUGGAUGCGUCAAGAAGAUCAAACGCGCUGUUCUCCGUUUCGACGGUGUGGAAGAUGUUAAGGCCGAUACCGCCGGUAACAAACUGACGGUUAUUGGAAAAGUCGAUCCUACCAAGGUUCGUGAUAAACUGGCGGAGAAAAUUAAGAAGAACGUUGAGAUUGUUUUGUCUCAGCCUAAAAAAGACGCCGCCGUCGAUAAACCGCCACCGGCGAAGAACAAACACGAGGAGGAGGAGGAGAAGAAGAAACCGGAGGAAAAGAAGGUUGAAGAAAAACCGCCCAAACAGUCGGUUCAAAACACGGUCGUUUUGAAGAUUAGAUUACAUUGUGACGCAUGUAUUCAAAAAAUUGAAAAGAUUAUCCUCAAAAUCAAAGGAGUUGAAUCAGUGAACACUGAUGGAGGAAAAGACUUGGUGACGAUAAAAGGAACUAUAGACGCUAAGGAAAUUGUACCAUAUCUAACAGAGAAGCUGAAACGUGACGUGGAAGUGAUUCAACCGAAGAAAGACGACGAUAAUAAGAAGAAUAAAGAGAAAGAUGGAGGAAAAGAGAAAAAAGAAGAAGGUGGUGGUGGUGAGAAGAAAGACGGUGGAAAAGCAAAAGUGGAGGUUAAUAAAAUGGAGCAUUACGGUUACGGGCAGCAACCUCCUAUGUAUUGGUACGACGGAUAUGAACCGGGUCAGAGUAGUAGUAGCAAUAGGGUGGAGGUUCAACAAGGGCAGAAUUAUAAUUAUGCAAAUCAAGGAGGGUAUGGGUAUAACUACAAUUAUAUGAAUAUGAACCAGAAUCAUCAUCAACAAGGGUAUGAUUAUAGUUAUGGGAAUCAAGGUGAAGGAGGGUAUAUGGUAGAGCCUCAACAACCUCCAUUCUAUUUGCAUCCAAAUCAUCCUCCUCCACAAAUGUUUAGCGAUGAAAACCCAAAUGCUUGUUCUAUGAUGUGA